CGUUUCCGCGUUCCCUCCCCCGCGGCGCGGCUUGGAGGCGUGACUGCUUCCGGGUCGCUGGGUGACCUUGAGCCUUCGGGAGCGACAUGGCGCUGCUCUGGAGGCUGAGCGUCCUGGGCGCUGUCCGAGGCGGCCAAGCUCUUUCCCUCCGAAGCCCAGUGAUCAGACCUGCUCAUGUCUCAGCAUUUCUUCAGGACCCCAGUGCCCCCGGAUGCUGUGGAGCGCAGCACGUCCACCUGUCGCGCGGCUGCCACUCCGGCUCCAGGGCUGCAUCUGUCCACUGGACUGCCGAGAGGGUCGCUAGUGCCCUGCUCCUGGGCCUCCUUCCAGCUGCUUAUCUGAGCCCUUGCUCUGCGAUGGACUACUCCCUGGCCGCAGCCCUCACUCUCCAUAGCCACUGGGGCCUUGGCCAGGUUGUCACUGACUACGUUCCAGGGGCCACAGCGCAGAAGGCUGCCAAGGCAGGCAUUCUGGCGCUCUCAGCUUUGACCUUCGCUGGGCUCUGCUACUUCAACUACCACGACGUGGGCAUCUGCAGGGCUGUGGCCCUGCUGUGGAAGCUCUGACCUUUGACUUAGUGCUUUGAGAAUCGGUUGCACACCUCUUUGCUGCCAUGCCAUUCAGCUCACAGCAAGGAGGAAAUAACAGAUGAUGAGUGCGUUGGUGAGACGAGUCUAAUCACCUGGUUAUUUUUAGAAUUUAAUCUUUGAGGAAAAGUUUGAAGAGUGAUUGUGUCCAGGAAAUCAAGAGACUGAGUUCUGUAUUCUGAGCUAACGGCAUUGUCUCCUGACUUCUCACAGUGUAACUAAGCAUUGUAUUCGAGCUUUUGCUUUUGAACUUACCAAACUCUUAAAGGGAAUUCAGCUUUACUACUAUCAGUACCUGAUUAAGCUUCUGUAUCCGUCCUUGGCGUGAUGGAGAAAGGGAAAGACUGUUGAUUCAUAAGUAAGGACUUUGUAGGAAAUCAGGCAGUGUUUAAUCUUUGGGAAUGCCCCCCUCUGCUCAGUUACUGGUGGUCCAUGCCCUAGACUUUAAGAUUAGGAAAUGCUGAUACUUCACACUACCGAUUUCUAAAUCCUUGGAGGAAGAGUCUGGAGAGCUUCUGAACGUAGGGAAGUGCCAUGUGGGGAAUAGGUCCCCUACAGAAGCAUCAAAAUACUCCAGAUUCCAAACUGAGACUUAAUCUUCAAAUGUGUUUAUUUUACUUGUCCAAACUGUAAGUAAUUGUUUUUUCCCACUGUGGGAAUCUAAUGUGAAAUUGUAUUCCAUGAAAAUAAAGUUUUUAAAAAAAUAAAAUGCUGUAUAAUAAAAA